AUGAAAUCUGUCAAAUAUUAUACCUCACUAGCUAGUGGCGCCGCCCUGGUGGUAGAAAAAGUCGUGGAUGCCCUCAUUGAGCAUGUAUGGGGUAUGUUCAAAAGAAAGAUAAAGUCCAGCUCCAAACCGCCAAAAACUCUAAAUGAGCUCCGAAAUGCAGCGCUGGCCGCUUGGGACAGCAUACCGCAAGUUGAUGUCAGAAACAUCAUUCAAAACAUGCCAGAUCGAAUGCAAGCGGUUAUCAGGGCUAGGGGAGGAAACACCCGAUAUUAA